UAGCCUUCAACUUGAAGGUAUUGGUACUCAACCAAUUAUCAAUGAACAACAACAACAACAACAAUCAUUGCUAGAACAACAACAUAUCGGAUUCCCAUCUCCGGCAUAUGCAUUUGCUUAUAAUCCAGGUCAUUAUGCGCAAACUGAACAG